GCGGGCCGGCUUCCCAGGGCAGCUGAUUGGUCGGCCCCUCGCGGCCGCGGCUGCUUCAGCGCGUGGAACUGUCACCUCGGAGGGAAAAAUGGAAGAGCUGAGUCAAGCCCUGGCUAGUAGCUUUUCUGUGUCUCAAGAUCUGAACAGCACAGCUGCCCCACACCCCCGCCUGUCCCAGUACAAGUCCAAGUACAGCUCCUUGGAGCAGAGUGAACGGCGCCGCCGUUUACUGGAACUGCAGAAAUCCAAGCGGCUAGAUUAUGUGAACCAUGCCAGAAGACUGGCUGAAGAUGACUGGACAGGGAUGGAGAGUGAAGAAGAAGAAGAGAAAAAGGAUGGUGAAGACAUGGACAUUGACACUGGCAAGAAGUUACCAAAACGCUAUGCUAAUCAAUUGAUGCUCUCUGAGUGGCUAAUUGACGUGCCUUCAGACUUGGGCCAAGAAUGGAUUGUGGUCGUGUGCCCUGUUGGGAAAAGAGCCCUGAUCGUGGCCUCCAGGGGUUCUACCAGUGCCUACACCAAGAGUGGCUACUGUGUCAAUAGGUUUUCUUCCCUCCUGCCCGGAGGCAACAGGCGAAACUCAACUACAGCGAAAGACUACACCAUUCUGGACUGCAUCUACAGUGAGGUAAACCAGACUUACUAUGUGCUGGAUGUGAUGUGCUGGCGGGGACACCCUUUUUAUGAUUGCCAGACUGAUUUCCGAUUCUACUGGAUGCAUUCAAAGUUACCAGAAGAAGAAGGACUGGGAGAGAAAACCAAGCUCAAUCCGUUUAAAUUUGUUGGCCUGAAGAAUUUCCCUUGUACCCCUGAGAGCCUGUGUCAGGUGCUGUCUAUGGAGUUCCCUUUUGAGGUGGAUGGACUGCUCUUCUACCACAAGCAGACCCACUACAGCCCUGGGAGCACUCCUCUGGUGGGCUGGCUGCGCCCCUACAUGGUGUCAGAUGUUCUUGGUGUGGCUGUGCCCACUGGCCCACUGACCACUAAGCCAGAAUAUGCUGGGCACCAGCUGCAGCAGAUUAUUGAGCACAAGAGGAGCCAGAAGGAGGGCGUGAAGGAGAAACUCACAGCCAAGGCCUCUGAGAAUGGACACUACGAGUUGGAGCACCUGUCCACCCCCAAACUGAAGAGCCCUCCCCAGAACCCCGACCACCCUGGAAGCCUCAUGGAGAACUAAAGAAGGCUACCUCCUUCGGGAGCUGCAGGACCCUGCUUGACCCUGGAAGGAGGCUCGGGAGGAGGAUCGUGCUAACAGCAGAUGACUUCAUUUUAGAGUGGACUUUCCAAAGCUGCUGCAGCUGGAGACAGCUUAUCUCCUGUGUGAAAGGCUGGCUCAGACGGUGGGGGAGGUGCCCAGAUUAGGUGGUAUUCAGAUUUGGGCAGCCACUGCUCAAAAGUAUAUCCCAGACCCACCAUGUAAAUACAUGUCAUU